GAGGAAGUUGUUGAUAAGUUUGCAUUGAAUGAUAUUAGGGAAAACAUUAUUUUAGCUGUGAAUGAAGAGUAUCCUAUUAAAGAGUCACCUCUAUUGCUGAAAUCAGGAGAUAUUAUUGCAGUAAUCCCACCAUUGAGUGGAGGAUAGAUUACAAUGGAUUACAUUAGACUAGUAGAAUCUCGUCUGAGUGUAGAUGAAAUCUCUGAAUUAGUGAAGUCUCCGAAAUGUGGUGCAAUCUCUCUCUUUAUCGGAACUACAAGAGACAACUUCGACGGUCUUAAGGUGUCAAAGUUACUCUAUGAGGCGUAUGACACAAUGGCAAUGAAGGCGCUAAAGCGGGUCUGCACUGAGAUCAGAAAGAAAUGGCCUGACGUAGAGAACAUCGCAAUAUACCACAGGUAAAUAAAGAAACUCAACUAUCAGCUUU